CGGGACCUUUUCACUUGAAUAGUCACGUACUCAAGGGUUCCAUUUAUCAUUUGUCGGCAACGUCAACUGGCAGGCAUGCUGGACGCUAGUCGGCUGGUGCUUUUACUUCAUAACACUCAUGACCAACGAACUGCAGGCGCGUUCACCACUAUCCAGAGCGCGCGGAGUUCAUGAAGAGUGGAUGCAGGUCACAGAUUCACUCCGCCGUAUAGGCAAUGAGCUCAACCAAAUACUUAUCGACUCAAUGGACGAAUCUAGAGCACACAACACCCGAGCUACGGAAUGGGAAACCAGACAUCGUGAUAUUGUCACGGAGAACAACGCCUUCAGAGCUCAUAACGAGGAAUUGAAACGUCUACUCGAACUCAGCAAGCCUGAUACAAGAAACGUAAUCGAGAGCAGAGACGCCGCAUAUCGUAAAUUGCAACAUGUACAGCGUGUAAUGCGCAAUCUCUUAAUGGACAUGGACUUGGCGCCUGAUUUUGGAGAUAGCCCAAAUGAAGGUGCUUCACUGCUGUUACAAGCAGAGCCUGAGCCGAAAUACAAGGAUAUUGGCGCCUCCUCGUCCCCAUCGGGCCAAAGUCACAGAAACGAUAAGUCCUCUAACAGCUCUGGUUCUGGCAAGACUGCGCGCCCAAUGUCCAAAGGAAAGGAGCGUAGCUCGCCCAAAACCCCGAUGACUGUGCCAAUUUCAUCUCCAGCCUUAACUUCAUAUUCUCGCUCAUCAAGGACAGGAGUAAGCGGCGGAGUUGUAUCUGAUCUCAGCAAUCAGCAGAGAUCAUCUGAAUCCAACAAUUCAUCCGAACCAUCUACGGAUUUGUCUGUACAUGCUGCGAGAAAGUCUUCUGGCGGUGUCGGCGAUGUUUGGAAGUUGACUUCAUCUCGCAGCCCCCGGAGUGCGGAAGUCAUUUAUCCUGUCGACAUGCAAAUGUUUCAGGAACAGCUAAACCUUGGCGAAGAUACGAUAUAUUCUCUAGAAAGCCUUGGACAGGCGGAUGAACAUUGUUUCCCUUUACAGAUUGUCGACAACAUGGCGUUUACAGUCCAUGCGUACAUCGUCAAGAACUGCCCUAGAGACCGUGUUCUCCAUACGUUCACCUUUCCCGUGAAAAGAGGAGUUUGGUAUUAUAUUGGCGCCCAGAAAUGGGACGUGAAGGACAUUUUCGAGAUCUGGUCCACUCUGGGUGAUAGAGUAAGCCUGAGGAGCCUUGUACGAGGAUCGUUGACUUUAAUUUUCGUAAAGGCUAAGGAAGUCGUCACCGGUAAACUACAGAGACGUUGCAACCGCAGGCUCUCCCAGCAAGAAAUUGCUGAGAUGAUUCAAGACGGACGACUGCAGCAAUUCUGUAUUGAAGUGAGCGGUCGUUUAUUGAAAGAUGUCAGUCGAGCGUUUGCGAAGACGAGUUUAGGUUAUGAAGGAGGGAACGUUGCCCAAUGAUCCUGAUAAUAUCUUUUUUCGUUGCCAUUUUUUUCGUACUUGGUGCAAUGGUGAUGUACAAUCACGAUGGAGGACAGGAUUUGCACGAUAGAAUCUCAGUCUGACUGAGACGAGUUUAGGCCCGAUGAUCCGAGUCUUGAUGUCUUUUGUUUCGUUACCAUGUUUUAUACUUGGUACAACAACGAAGGACAGGAUUCGCACAAUACAGUCUAACACGAUUCACCGUGCACCAGCAUGUUAGAACGUUGAUAUCAAGAAGGCUCGAGUCGAACGUGUAUAAAAAUUUUGGGUAACGCCCUGAGUUGCCGUGGAUUCGAUGAAGUGUCGAUUACUAUUGGAUUACUAAAUUGGACGGGGUUUAGUUUGAG